GAUACUUUUUAAAUACAUAAUUUAACGUUUAAAAUUUUUAUGUUUACUGUUAAUGUAAUUUAACCUUUUUAUGGUGUCAGAUUGCAGCGAAACUUUAUUUUCUGGUACUUUGGUUUUAUAAAUCAUGGAUGCAUUAAAUUAUCUUUGUGGUAUUACGUUAACGGCUUUAGCCGUCGUUACCGUGGCCGUCGCUCAGGGAUACGGAGGAUAUGGAGGCGGAGGUGGAGGCUAUGGAGGGUACGGGGGCGGCAGCAGUUAUGGAGGCGGAAGUUACGGAGGGGGAAGUUACGGAUCCAUGCAGGGAGGUUACGGUGGAUCGUAUGGAUCGAAUACAACGAUGAAUCAGACCGGUGUAUUGUACAAUAUUCCACCUGUGCCUUUGGCGUUCACGUUUCCAGGCCCGCUCCCUAUUGUUGGGGUCAGCUGGCCGCCGUUGGGAGGCACGCCCUAUAUUGCGGAAGGACGCUUUCCGUAUAACGGUUAUGUGGGAGUGCGUUCUCCACAGAUCGCCUAUAUCAACCGCAUGCAGGCCGCACAGAUAGCGUACGAUGCCAUGAGAGCUAACUACUCUUCAGGAGGUUAUGGUUACGGAGGAUCGGGGUACGGGAGUGGAGGAUACGGAAGCAGUUAUGGUGGUAGCGGUGGUUAUGGCGGUGGCGGAUACGGUGGCGGUGGUUACGGCGGUGGCGGUUAUGGCGGAGGAGGUUACAGUGGAUAUGGGCGUUAAUCAAGCGGCGGCAUUGUAGAGCAGUGCAGCCGGAUCUGAUUGUGUCCGCUAACUGAAGGAUCUCAAAAGGUCAAAACAGUUGUUUUGAUUGUGCUUUUUGAUUUGAAUGCUUAACCAAUUUAAUGUUGAUGGGAAGCUUUAAGAAUUAGUGUGCAGCAUUUACUGCGUAGACGUAUACUUGAACAACACUGCGAAUUACUUAACAUCAUUCUGUACUGGAAUAUUAUGAAUUUUUACCGAUAAGAAGCAUUCAAGCAGGGUCGUUGUGCUGGC